AAUCAUCCAAGAUGUCUGCUUCCAUAGCAAGAGCGUGAUAUUUUCUCCUUUUACAUUAUGUACAGCAGAACAUAUUUAAUGUGGUUCGUUAUAACUAAACUUUUACUGACAACAUAAAUCUCAUAGCUUAAUUCUAACUCAACAAGGAAAAUGCCACUCUCAGAUUUUAUAUCUUCACUUCAGAACAAUCCAUAUUUUGGAGCAGGGUUUGGACUUGUUGGUGUUGGUGCUGGUUUAGCAAUGUUAAGGAAAGCAACUAUGGUGGGAAUGAUAUUUUUCAGACGCCAUUACAUGAUGACAUUAGAAGUACCUUGUAGAGAUAAAAGUUAUCAGUGGCUUCUUCAGUGGAUUACUAUGAAUGCAAAACACACUCAGCAUAUUAGUGUUGAAACUACAUUCAAACAACAUGAAACAGGAAAAAUAUCAACUUCAUUUGACUUUGUACCAAGUGUUGGAACACAUUUCUUUUAUUAUAACAAGACUUGGAUUCGAGUUGAAAGGAAUAGAGAACAACAUACUCUAGAUUUGCAUAUGGGUGUACCAUGGGAGACAGUUACACUAACUGCUUUGGGUAGAAAUAAAUCACUUUACUUUCAAAUAUUAGAUGAAGCUAGAAAAUUAGCUUUGAAACGAGAAGAAGGUAAAACUAUUAUGUACACAGCUAUGGGUUCUGAGUGGAGGCAGUUUGGUCAUCCUCGAAAACGCAGGCCAAUUAACUCCGUUAUCUUAGAUGAAGGUGUGGCAAGUCGUAUUCUAUCUGAUGUUAGAGAAUUUAUUAAUACACCUCAUUGGUAUACUGAAAGAGGUAUUCCUUACAGACGAGGUUAUUUGCUGUAUGGGCCACCUGGCUGUGGGAAAAGUAGUUUCAUAACUGCUUUAGCUGGCGAACUAGAAUACAGCAUCUGUAUCUUGAACUUAAGUGAAAGAGGUUUAUCAGAUGACCGUUUGCAACAUUUAAUGAGUGUGGCUCCACAGCAAAGCAUCAUUCUGCUUGAAGAUAUUGAUGCUGCUUUUGUAAAGAGAGAGGAAUCUGCUGCUACAAAAGUUGCUUAUGAAGGUUUAAACAGAGUAACCUUCAGUGGUCUUUUAAACAUGCUUGAUGGAGUAGUGUCAGCUGAAGCUCGUAUACUCUUCAUGACAACAAACUAUGUAAAAAGAUUAGAUGCAGCAUUAGUACGUCCCGGACGAGUAGAUGUUAAAGAAUAUGUAGGAUUUGCAACAGCUUAUCAACUCAAACAAAUGUUUCAAAGGUUUUAUCCAGACAUGGCAAUCAGUUCUGCAGAAGAAUUUGCAAAUGCAGUAAUAGCAUUGAACAGAGAUGUGAGCAUGGCAGAAGUUCAAGGAGUUUUUAUGCUUUAUAAAAAUGAUCCUGAAGGUUUAAUAAAAAAUGUAGAUAAAAUAGGAAAGAAAGAAGAUGAGCAAUGAUAACUUUAUCUUUUUACAAUUGCAUUAUUUAAAUAAAUAAUUUUAAAUUAA